GAUAAUGAAUGUGAGCACAAGCGAAGCUUAUUAGAUCCUAAGUAGAAAGUCAUUGUUUAGGUUCUGGCUAGUAUUUUUAAGUUCUACAGUACUUAAGUCUACGCAAUAGCUAACGUAGACCUAAAUUUCGACUCAGGUUGAAACCCAAGUUGCACUCUUAUUUUUUAGAGUUUAAUGCUGACAAUACGUUUUAGGGUUCUGAACUUAUGGAAUUUUGUUAAAGGUAUCGGCUAUGGAAUGAUUAUCAGCGAAAAUCUCGUUUUAACGGCAGCAAAGGCAGUUUCUGAGUUAAUAUAAUUACUCGUAGAUAUCCAAAUUUGUAGCUGGCAUAUAAAUGAAACUUAACUAUUUUUCAGUCAUAAAAUCAGACAUUUAGUAUUAAUGACUGCUUGCGACAUGAAUAGUCGCGAUGGAGGAACCCCUCAAUCUGAAGCUUGCGUAUACAGAAGAGUAUAUCUAAUCUAUUAUGAGAACAAAGCAUUUUCUACAGCUGUUAAAGAAAAUUAUUGGGCCAUGUUAAUUGUGGAUAAACCGUUUGAACUGACCAAGCGAGUGAAUACCAUUCCAUUGAUAAACGAUAAUAAUAUUGAUGAUAUCGAUAAAAAUAAUUGUUUGGUUUACCACUGGGUACUCGCAGUUGAUGACCUCGAUUCAGCAUUCAUUACAAUGGAGUAUUCAGUUGUGUCUGAUGUAGAAGGAUUCAAAAUAACCAAAGAUGAUGAACAAAAAUUUAAUGACGAUACAGACUGUAUUCUCGAUCCUUGUUCAUUUGAAAAAGAUUUCCAAGAUACGAAACCGUUCAAUAUGAGUUUCUUAGGAAGUCCAAUAGCAUGUCCGCUUAAAAGUGAUCCAACUACAUAUGUACAAGCUGGUUUUGCGACAGUUGUUUACGAAAUAAAUUCCCAAGAACCACUUGAAUAUGAACGUCUGACAGGAACUUUAUAUGAUCUAUCUCCUCGACAAGAGUCUCUUAAUGGAUUGGUAACAAGACUUACAAACUUAAUGGAGGAAAAAAAAAAAAACAUGAACUACUACAGUAUAAACCGUAAAAAUGAGCUAUUUGAAUUCAAAAUUACAAAAGUUUACAACCCAUACUGUAAUUUGAAAAUGUUUAUUUAAAAUAAAGUUAUUG